AUGACGCAUCCAGAAUAUUACAUCCAGCGCGUGGUUCGCCCCGGUAGUUGGAGUCCGGCGGGCUUUAUAACCUGCGUAGUCUUGAUUCUGGUUGACAUCUGGUAUGUGGGCCAGCAGAAUGCGAGUCGAGGCACUUUUGCCAAUAUCACCUCGAAUCCUCAAACAUCCCGAAGGGUCUUCGCAGCCGUCUACCUCGCUGCUGCCUUGUUCUCUGCUACUGUAGUCAUGUACUAUCAGGAUCAGUACUUCACCGAUAUCCAGAAACCUGGUUUGCGUGAUUUACGUGAUAUUCCAUCAUCGAAAUAUCCUUGGUUCUAUGAGGAACAUUUGGAUCGUAUGCCGCAGAUGUUCCAGAUGAUGCAUCUUCGAUCCUGGGCCGGCGAGGCUGAGAACCCUAAACCAGAAUGGGGCUACUUUCUGUGGUGGUCGCAGCAAUACUUUGGUGGAUUGAUCAGCUUUGUCUUCUUCCUCUUAACUCGAUGUGAGUCAAAUCACGCCUUCAUCUUUCACGUAAACCUGGCUGACUCAUAUUUUCUGACCAGCNNUCACGUCCGUCGGUUGAAAACAAUCACCAUGCUUGCAUUCGUCUGGGUAGCCAUGACCAGCCUUAGCUGUGCGCAUUGCUUGCUAUUUCUGUUCAUACUCUCGACACCCCCAUCAAGAGGUAUUAGCUGGUUUGACGUCGAUCUGCUACACUACGUUGUCGGACUCCUGUCGAUGGCCCACCACACCUUUGCGUGGCUGAUGAUGCCCACUCUCAACACUCCACUAUUUCAGAGAUCUUUGUUGUUCCUCUCUAUCAUUCCUUUAGUCCUCCCACUUAUCUCUUGGAUCCUCCCAAAGGUGAACAAUCAUCAUCGCCGACUCGUCAGCAUCUCGGAAGCGCAAAGCAAAGUCUUCUGGACAACUGGCAUCCUAUCGUUUGGUCUUCACGCCUGGUCGACCUAUAUCAUAUUCUUCAAGGAUGUUGUGGCCGAUCCCGAGAGUUCUUCAUAUCGACUAUAUCUUCACCAGUCUGACGUCCAUCAUCGGUUCCAUACGCUCAGCCUAGUGGAUUUUCUGAACCAUGACCCUGCUAUGGCAGCCAUGUCUUGUGAUGUCGUGCUUACUCUAGUCUUCCUUCUAAGCUGGAUCGUAACAAGUACGCUCAGCCUUUGGGGAAUGAUUAGAUGCUCACUCAAUCCGACUCUUCAUACCGGACAAAGGACGGUUUGGGACAAUCGUGGCGACCUGGGCGCAGCAUUAGCUGGGCGAAAAGAGGAGGGCAUCGAAUGGGAGGAGCCAGCUCUGGGGAAGGUGAUGAUAGCAUUGGCAAUGUGGCCGUGGGGUGGGCUGGGAUGGGUGUCAUCUGCAGUUCUCGGAGCAGGAUCAAUGAACCUGGACCCAUAA